AUGGGCACAGGAUCGGCGAUAGAAAGACUAGAACUUCUAGUUGAAAGAACCCGCGUUAGCUACUACGUACGUCGACAAUAUGGCGUGCAAGGGGAGCUCCAGUGGUGGCCAGGGGCAGCAGCAACAGCAGCAGCAGCAGCAGCAGCAGCAGCAGCAGCAGCAGCAGCAGCAGCAGCAGCAGCAGCAGCAGCAGCAGCAGCAGCAGCAGCAGCAGCAGCAGCAGCAGCAGCAGCAGCAGCAGCCACAGCAGCAGCAGCAGCAGCAGCAGCAGCAGCAGCAGCAGCAGCGUCAGCGCCAGACCCCCACGUCUCAGUUGCUUCAUUACUGGCUUAG